AUGCCGUCUCCCGAAGCGCCUGAUUCGUUGAGCGCGACGACCUGCGAGCAGUGUCGCGAGCAGCACCUGCGAUGUGAUCGAUUGCUGCCCACAUGCGGGCGGUGCCUGAUGACGGGGCGAGAGUGCAAAAAGGGCUACAAGUUUCGUAACCCCAAGCACGCCGUCUUUAGAGAGAGCCACAAGUGGCCCGCGCCGCCCAAGAAGCUCAAGUUCAUCGACGAGACGCGGGGCGUGGAGCUCGGUGAGGACCUGGACAGCAGCGAGUCCGUACACGACUCGGCGCCGGAAGUCGACGAAGCAGAGGCAGAAGCAGCGUCCACGUCGCCGGAGACGGCCACCGUUGUGGACUCGACGGUCUCGGAAGAGCAGCUUCGGCCGUCAAUAUACGCGGCAAAGGCGGCGAGCUGGCCUCUGUCCGGCGAUGAGGGCCGCCGCGACAGCAAAGGCGGUAACGACGGCUGCGAUGUGGUUGACGAGACUGUUCAACCGCCACAACGAGCAUCGUUGAGCACUCCUGGCGCCGACCACCACAGCCAGCACAGCAGCCAUCGCGAGCACUCUGGCUCUGUCGUGAGUCUGCCGCCCAUGCAGUCCGUGCUGCCGCCGUUAGAAGGUAUAUAUACCGAUCGACCGAUAUGGCCCAUCCACGGGCGGAAAGAAGCCACGCUCUUCCGUCAUUACGUGGAAAAACUCGGGUUUUGGCUGGACUUGUGCGACCCCGCCAGGCAUUUUGAGGUCGAAGUGCCGCAGCGGUCCGGCUCGUGUCCCAUCUUGCUCAACGCCAUCUUCGCCCUCGCCUCGAGGCAUCUGAGCCUGACGAGCGCGUACGACUCCCUAGCGUCGAACCGGUAUCACGAGCAGUGCCUCAACUACCUGAUCCCGCUGCUGGACCACGCAGGAACUGUAUCGGACGAGAACUUGUUUGCGGCAACAAUCAUACUUCGCGUCCUGGAAGAAAUCGACGUAAACACCCUCGGCCAAGACACGCAUGGCCACCUCCUCGGGAUUCACGCCUUUGUCAAUGCUGGAGACCGCUUUCUGAUGCCGGGAACUCUAACGGCGGCAUGCUUCUGGGCGGGGCUGAGGCAGGAGAUCUACAGCGCCGUUAUCAACCAGCAAGUGGUGCGAAUGAACCUCGGUCAUGCCAUUGUCGACCGAUCGACGACCCCGGGCGAUGACUUUGUCUGGGCGAAUCGUGCCAUUGUCCACUGCGCCGACGUCCUCAACUUCUGCUUCGGGUCCGAGGCGGGGUCGGUGCUGCAAUGGGGCCAGCUGGAAAUGGCAAACAGAGAGUGGAAGAAUGCGCUACCGCCCUCUUACACUCCCAUCUUCUUCCGAGAGAGGACAGAUGAGGAGGCUUUCCCCGAAGUGUGGUACCAGAAGGCGUGUCAUAUCAUCGCCGUCCAGCAUCACAUUCUAGCCGAAAUGUACCUCGUGUUGUUCAAUCCGAGCAUACCACGAGUGGGUGGCGGUCGUAAAGCCGCGGAGAAACGGUUGACCGAGCAGAUUCAGAAUCUAUUGCGGAGUCUUUGUGGAAUUGGCAUGUGUAACCAGUGGUCACCACCGGCCAUGUUCACGGCGUGUAUGGGGAUAGCUAUUGCCGGUGAUCGAUUCGACAUCAGACACGAUCAGGAAGCUUUGUUGAAGAUGCUCAGCAUCACCGAAAAGGCGCACGCAAGACCCACGACAGCGGUGCGGGAUCAGCUGAUGCAGGCAUGGGGGUGGAUGGACGGGGAGGCAAUGAGCGAGGAUCGAUGA